GUAACCGGUAACCCUAAAUCAUCUGUGUCUCGCAUCGCAGAUUUCUCAAUUCUCUCCCUCAUGCUCUCAUCGACGAAGACAGUGAAUUCGUGAAGUGAGGAAUAUCGAUCUCGAUCUGUCAAAUGUCAAUGGAACAAUCGAUUAAGCUGAAGUGAGUUGGUCUGCAAGCAACAUCUCGAUCCCUCUCAGUCUCAGGUUCCAGUCUCCAACUCGACAUCUAUCUUCGUUCAGAUAAUAGAUGAAGAUGAUCACGAAAGCAUCAACAACGAUCCUUUAUUCCCUACUUAAAGAUGGUGAAAAACGAGUCCUUGAAGACAUCAUAAACGAUUUCUCCUCAAAAAUCCCAAAAUCAAUGCAAAAUGAAAUCUUGUCAGCACUUGUCAUGCUCUUGGAUGACACCCACACCCCAAAAUUCCUAAAAUCCACAGAACGAUUGGUUGCAUUUGCAUUACUUCACCACACAUAUUCCCCCCUAAAAUCAUCCUCCACCAAUCCCUACAUUUCUUUGCUCACAAACACUGCAAAUGACGAAAAAACCGAUACUUUGGAACGUGCAUUCAUCCUUCAUCUCUUAUCCUCUCCAUCUCCCGUGAUGAAACUAUCUCCGGCGGAUUUCAUUACCAAAUUCGAUCCUUCAUCUCACCGGUUCCCGGAGCCGCCGCCACCACCACCGCCGGAAAACCCCCAUCCCAAACCGGUCAAUUCCCUCUUCAAAAACACCGCGAUAAAAAACGCGAUACCGGAUCCCGACAUCAGCUCACCGGAGUUGGAGUUCCCGCCGCCAGAGACCAUAACCGGUCUAAUCCAAACUCUAUCAUUGGAAGCGCUCUACCCUCACUGGGCCCGCCCUACACCGCCUCGCCUCCCGGUGCUAGAAGGUGAGCUCGUCUGGGUCAACCCUGAGUCGACUCACGAACCGCUUUGGGACACCGGGAUGUGUGCCGACACGAGCCGUGGUGCAGCCGUCCGUGAACUGAUCCUAAAAGCCCUAAAAGGACCGUUAGCUCCAUCUCAACAGGAACAGGUUUUACUGGAGCUAACCUCCGACCCCAAACUGGUGUACCACUGCGGUCUAACGCCACGGAAGCUGCCGGAGCUGGUGGAGAACAACCCUCUGAUUGCGGUGGAGGUGCUGAUUAAGCUGAUGAACUCGCCGGAAAUUUCAGAGUAUUUUACGGUUCUGGUGAAUAUGGACAUGAGUUUGCAUUCGAUGGAGGUGGUCAACCGGUUGACCACUGCGGUUGAACUGCCGACUGAGUUUGUCCACAUGUACAUAACCAAUUGUAUAUCAUCGUGUGAGAAUAUUAAGGAUAAGUACAUGCAGAACCGGUUGGUGAGGCUCGUGUGUGUUUUUCUGCAGAGUUUGAUCCGCAACAAGAUCAUUAAUGUUCAGGAUUUGUUUAUUGAGGUUCAGGCCUUUUGUAUCGAGUUUUCUAGGAUCCGAGAAGCUGCAGUAGUCAAGGGAGGUAGGUGGCAAUACAGAAGGUAAAUUACAAGAUAUUGUGAUCACGAAUUGGGAAUAUGCCAAAUUAAAUUGGAGAUUACUCGGGUGGAUCCCAGUGACAGAAGAACUGAUUUGUCAAAUUUUGUACUUGGAACCUACAACAUAUAUGCAAAAUUUGAAUUGUCUUUUAAUUUUUCAUAUUACAGCUUUGUACAGUGAAAAAUCUACCAGUUAUAGCAAUGUCAUCUAAAUACAAAUUGUAAUUUGGUAGAUUUUUAAAAGUGCAAUGCCUUGAAAAGAUUCUUCUUUUGAAACUGCAAUGCUGUAAUAGAAAGAAAUGAAAGUGCAUUGCUGUAAUGGGAUAAAAAUACCUUGAAACCAAUUGUUUCAUAUGGUUCAGCAGCAGCAAAAAGAAGAUAAUGGUAUCUUUUGUCUUAACAGGCUAAAUGCAAAAAAUAGCAAUGUAAUUUCUUUUCUCUGUACUAUGUCAUUGUGCUUUCAGUUUUAUUUUAUUUUUUAUUUUUUUUACAACAUUGUAUAUUGUAUAUUGAAGAAAAUAGCAGUUAUUAUGAC